AUGACUAGUACUUUAGUUCCUUAUAAAAAUACUUUUCUUCAAAAAAAUGAUAUAAAUAAUUCACCUUUAUAUUCAUUUAAACAAACUAUACAAAGUCCAUUAAAUUUUAAUACACCAUAUACUAUUACAACAUCAUUAUAUAAUUUAUUAGCACUCCAAAAUUCAAAUACAAAAAGUCCAAAUUUAUGUUUUUUAAAUUCAACAAAUUUAGAUGUUAAUCAUGAAACAACAAUAUCAAAAUCAAAAAAUAUUUUUAUUUCUGAACCAUCAAAAAUUUCAUUUGAAAAUAAACCAAUAGUAGUAUUUUCAUCAAGUAGUGAAAAUGAUGUAUCUGAUAACUACUCAUCAGCAACAUCAAGACGAUCAUCUUUUAGUCAAAAUAGUCCAAGAAAAAGGAUAGGUAAAAAUGAAUUAUUAUCUAGAGAUCUUUCAGAAAGUGUAACUAUUAAACGAUCAACUAUUAAAAGUGACAUACAUAAACAUAAAAAAUCUAUGAUUCGAGAUGAUGCUUAUUGGGAAAGAAGAAGGAGAAAUAAUGAUGCUGCCAAACGAAGUCGUGAUUCACGAAGAAAAAAGGUAAGAAUAAUUAUAAAAUAUUAG